AGAUCCCAAACUGAAGCUUCCACAUUUCAAAAUGCCUUCUCGGAAAAUCAAACUGACCAGUUCGCAGCUCAAAUAUAUGGACUUGAUAAUGGCCCACAUGUGCCGGGGCAAGUUUACUAAGGCUUCUCGAUUAAUGGAUAUGGUCAGCCGCUCCAAGCACAAGUUUGCGCCCAUCCAUGAGGCCAUUCUGCGCAAGAUGUUGAAACUCAUGAUUGAUCCGAACUAUGGGAAGCGGCGCAGCCGGCGUUCAAUCGAAACCGAUAAUCAACCGAACUUUGAGGAAAUAGGGAUAGCCAGGAUGGAAACGACUCCACAAACGCUGUACAAGGAGAAAAUGCGUCCGUUCCACCAACACUUUCAAAUGGUCCAACCGGGACCGACCGAAGAGAUCACCAUUGGUUUGCUCGCCCUCUAUGCGGUAAUCAUCUUUCUCGGGAUCCUGUUAGAAACAGAUUUAUUUUGAAGUUUCGGAGAUUCCUGGCCAUCUUCCUAAUUUAAUUCUGUUUAACCUCAAAUUAGUUUGUUGUUCAAAAACUUAAAUAUAGUUUAAUGUUUAUUAA